GGGGGGAGGUGAGUUGAGGCGAGGGGGAGGUGAGUUGAGGGGAGAGGGGAGGGGGAGGGGAGGGAAGGCGGGGAAUUUUCACUUACCUGGAGAGCAUUGGGGAGAGGGGGAAGCCAUGGAGAUCGACUCGGAUAUUGCGCGAGUACAGGCGGAGAGGAGGAAGGCGGAAGAAUUGGCGGCCCUGAGUGUGGCCGGCGGCUUUGAUACCGACUUGUACGGGGGAUUCGCUAAUCGGUAUGAAGGAUACGUGAAGUCCAUCCCAGUUAACGAUGCUGAUGAAGAGGAGCUGGACCCUACGGAGCGAGAGGUUGUCAGAAAGCUGUCUUCGUACACUGCACCAAAGUCGGUAUUGUUGGACCUGCCACGCGGUGAAAAUGGCGAUGCAGAGUUGGGAUUUAGAAAGCCUCAGCGGAUCAUUGACAGGGAGGAUGACUACAGGGCAAGGAGGCACAGCCGCCCAAUAUCGCCAGAGAGGACAGAUGCUUUUGCAUUGGGUGAUAAGACACCGGAUGCCUCAUUGCGUACAUAUGCUGAUGUUAUGCGAGAGGAAGCUGUGAGGAGGGGUAAGGAGGAGACUUUGCGGUUGAUUGCUAAGAAGAAGCAGGAGGAAGAAGAGAAGAGGAAAGAAGGUGGGGGGGCCCCCUUGAAACCUAUAAAGCCGGUCCAGCAAUCAGCAGGUGCGGUGCCGGGACCUAUUGGUCCCACUGCAGGUGUAAAGAGGAGGAACCGCUGGGAUCAAGCUGGAGCUGAGGAUGCAUCGAAGAAGCCAAAGGUCUCUUCGGAAUGGGAUGCGCCAGACUCGACACCUGGGCCCAGCCGGUGGGAUGCAACGCCCACCCCAGGGCGUGUUGGUAUCGAGGCAACGCCUACGCCAGCACGGCGGAAUCGGUGGGAUGAAACUCCUACGCCAGGGCGGUUUGUUGACUCUGAUGCUACUCCUGCCGGGGGCAUGACACCUGGCGCAACGCCUGCAGGAAUGACAUGGGAUGCGACUCCGAAGGUUGGCAUUGCUACGCCAACGCCUAAGCGCCAACGGUCACGCUGGGACGAGACUCCGGCGACGAUGGGAAGUGCAACACCCAUGUCCGGUGCAACCCCGAGCACGUUCACCCCUGGUGUGACGCCACUUGGUGCAGCGGACCUAGCCACACCAACUCCUGGGCACAUAGCGUUGCGAACACCGAUGACUCCAGAGCAAUACAAUGCACUUCGCUGGGAGAGAGAUAUUGAGGAGCGCAACAGGCCUUUGUCUGAUGAGGAGCUGGAUGCUAUGUUUCCACAGGAGGGCUAUAAAAUCUUGGAACCGCCAGCAAGCUAUGUGCCUAUCCGGACCCCAGCCAGGAAGCUGCUCGCAACACCGACCCCUGUUGGUGGCACUCCUAUGUAUCAGAUACCAGUGGAGGACCGUACUCAGCAGUUUGAUGUGCCCAAAGACGCUCCUGGAGGCUUGCCUUUCCUGAAGCCCGAAGAUUACCAAUACUUUGGCUCUCUCUUGAACGAGAAGGAAGACGAAGAAAUGAGCCCGGACGAGGCCAAAGAGCGAAAGAUUAUGAAAUUGCUCCUUAAGGUCAAGAAUGGCUCUCCUCCUCAGCGGAAGACGGCUCUUAGGCAGCUCACCGACAAAGCGCGGGAAUUCGGUGCUUGGGCGCUAUUCAAUCAGAUAUUGCCUCUGCUCAUGUCUCCUACUCUGGAAGAUCAGGAGCGGCAUCUUCUUGUCAAGGUGAUUGACAGAAUUCUCUACAAACUUGAUGAGCUGGUCCGCCCAUACGUGCACAAAAUUCUUGUGGUGAUUGAACCUCUUCUAAUCGACGAAGAUUACUAUGCACGUGUCGAAGGCCGAGAGAUCAUAUCGAAUCUGAGCAAGGCGGCUGGCUUGGCAACGAUGAUUGCUGCAAUGAGGCCCGAUAUCGACAAUAUCGACGAGUAUGUGCGGAACACGACUGCACGUGCGUUUUCUGUGGUUGCGUCAGCUCUGGGUAUUCCUGCGCUCUUGCCGUUCCUUAAGGCGGUUUGCCAAAGCAAAAAGUCCUGGCAGGCUAGGCACACAGGUAUCAAGAUUUGCCAGCAGAUAGCCAUACUUAUGGGCUGUGCCGUGCUUCCGCAUCUGAAGUCGCUCGUCGAAAUCAUGGAGCACGGACUAAACGACGAAAACCAGAAGGUGCGAACCAUUACUGCAUUGGCGCUUGCUGCACUGGCUGAGGCUUCUGCGCCUUAUGGUAUCGAGAGUUUUGAUUCUGUGUUGAAGCCUCUCUGGAAGGGCAUUCGGACACACAGAGGAAAAGUGCUCGCAGCUUUUCUGAAAGCGAUUGGGUUCAUCAUUCCCCUCAUGGAUGCGAUGUAUGCAAGCUACUAUACCAAGGAGGUGAUGGUUAUAUUGAUUCGGGAGUUUCAGUCACCGGAUGAGGAAAUGAAGAAGAUUGUGUUGAAGGUGGUCAAGCAGUGUGUGAGCACGGAUGGUGUGGAAGCGGACUACAUUAGGGCCGAAAUUCUGCCGGACUUCUUCCGGAACUUCUGGGUCCGAAGGAUGGCGCUUGACAGGAGGAAUUACCGUCAGCUUGUUGAUACCACAGUGGAGAUUGCGAACAAGGUGGGAACUUCCGAUAUCAUUGGAAGAGUGGUGGAAGACUUGAAAGAUGAGAGUGAGCCCUAUCGCCGCAUGGUUAUGGAAAGUAUUGAGAAGGUGGUCGCUAAUCUUGGUACUUCGGACAUUGAUGCCCGUCUUGAGGAACUGCUUAUCGAUGGCAUCCUGUAUGCGUUCCAAGAGCAGACGAGUGAUGAUUCAAAUGUAAUGCUCAAUGGAUUCGGCACAGUGGUGAAUGCGCUAGGACAGCGAGUGAAGCCUUACUUGCCGCAGAUUUGCGGAACGAUCAAAUGGAGACUGAAUAACAAGAGUGCAAAGGUUAGGCAGCAAGCAGCAGAUCUGAUUGCUCGGAUCGCUGUGGUAAUGAAGCAAUGCCAUGAAGAGCAGCUUAUGGGACAUCUUGGGGUUGUGCUUUAUGAGUACCUGGGCGAAGAGUACCCAGAGGUGCUGGGAUCGAUUCUCGGUGCCUUGAAGGCUAUCGUGAACGUUAUUGGAAUGACGAAGAUGACACCUCCAAUCAAAGACCUACUGCCGAGGCUCACUCCUAUCCUCAAGAACAGGCACGAAAAGGUGCAGGAGAACUGCAUUGAUCUUGUCGGACGGAUUGCUGACAGGGGUGCCGAAUUCGUGCCUGCACGGGAAUGGAUGCGGAUUUGUUUUGAGCUACUAGAAAUGCUGAAGGCCCACAAGAAGGGAAUCCGCCGCGCAACCGUGAACACAUUUGGGUAUAUUGCAAAAGCUAUCGGGCCACAGGAUGUGCUGGCGACACUGCUGAAUAACCUCAAGGUGCAGGAGCGUCAGAAUCGCGUUUGCACAACAGUUGCGAUUGCGAUCGUUGCUGAGACAUGCUCUCCUUUCACUGUCUUGCCUGCCCUUAUGAACGAGUAUCGUGUACCCGAGCUGAACGUCCAGAAUGGUGUUUUGAAGUCCCUUUCUUUCUUGUUCGAGUACAUUGGGGAGAUGGGAAAAGACUACAUUUAUGCUGUCACUCCUCUGCUGGAGGAUGCGUUGAUGGAUCGCGACCUGGUACACCGUCAGACUGCGGCAUCAGCAGUGAAGCACAUGGCUCUUGGAGUUGCUGGCUUGGGAUGCGAAGAUGCUCUGGCGCAUCUUCUGAAUUAUGUGUGGCCAAAUAUCUUCGAAACGUCUCCUCAUGUCAUCAAUGCUGUGAUGGAAGCAGUCGAAGGGCUGCGGGUAGCGCUCGGUCCAUGCAUUGUCCUCAACUACUGCUGUCAGGGCCUUUUUCAUCCGGCAAGAAAAGUGCGGGAAGUGUACUGGAAAGUCUAUAAUUCACUGUACAUCGGCGCCCAGGAUGGGCUAGUAGCAGUGUACCCUAUCUUGGAAGACGAUGGCAACAACACAUAUAGCAGACCUGAGCUCAAUAUGUUCAUCUGAAGAGGGAGUAGGUUUUUCAGCGGAGAGAGACUUGUCGAAAGAUGAGGAAUCCACCACACGUGUCGUCACGCUCAUUUCCUCAUUCAUUUAUCUUUUGCAAGUGAUUUCCCUCCGCAACAGCAGCCUGUUCUGUAUCCCCUCGCCCCCCCCUCCCCGUCUCCGCUUAUCCCUCCCACCUCUUGGCUGAGUGGGCUCCCUGUACGAUCCGCAUAGAUGUUAGUGCAACUUCACCAACACAAAAGUACACACAUUUGGAAUUGACUGCUGCUGAUUAAUGUGCUUAGCCUCCACUGCCAAACGUUAGUGGUAUCUAUUUGGUAUUCUCCACCUUCUUAAUUAGGAAAUUUGUUUGUCAGAGCAGAGUCUGCGUGCAGGAUUCACCCGAAGUCUUGUUGAUCCCCAGUCCCUUUUUUUUUUUUUUUUGUCAAUCGUUUUUUGAUUCCCCAUCUCAAUCCUCUCUUUUAUUUCUUCUGUUUGUUUCCUUCCCUGUUGCAGCAGUUAUGGCUGUAGUUGUCGCAGACAGGUGCAGCGAGAACUAGUAUGAACAGCAAGCGUUUAAGUACACAAGGUUCGUGUCUCUGCAGGUCUUCUCUUCCUGUGGCUGUAGUUCUGGCUGACUGACAAGCGGCAGGUCCGGGAUGCAGGUCCUACAGAUUGGGGACCUGGGAUAUGAGGACGAGCAGAAGAGGGUCGAGCGGAAGAAGAAAAAGAAAGAAGACAGAGAGAGAAUAGGAGGAGAAGAGGAAGAAAUUGGAUGAGGAAAUGAAGCAAGUGGAGUCUAUAGAAGAAGAUGAACAAGGUGAAAAGCAAGGCGAGGAAGCAAAAGGAGGACGGAGGAGAAAAGGAGAAGAAAAAAGAGUGUGGAGAAAGGAGCAAAGGCAAGGAGAAAGGUGUGUCCAGCCGAGCGCCAACAACUCAGUUGAAGUCCGUCGAAGACCCCAAGAAGUUUAAGGAGGCAAUUACGUUGCCCCAGCGGACCCGGCUGUGGCAGGAUGUAGAGGCGGAAGGUCGGGAUGUGAGGCUGCCAUUGCUGCAUAUCCAGUGCUGUCUUCUCCCAAAUAAAAUGCGCGGCCAUUCUUGCUGUAUUUGGGGCACCAUUCGGCCUAUAGAUGUAGUGAUAAUGACCGUACGUUCUAUUAGAGUGAACAUGGUAGUAAUUAAGCAGCCAGAAGGCUUCUUGUCCCUGCGGGUGUUUCUCAUCUGCAUGCGCUUGAACUCCUGCUGCGUGCGCGCGGAUCUUUCGAAUACGGAGCCAUCGUUUGCUGUUUGCCUGCGGCCUUGGUCGCAGACAGUUCGCUUGCUUAGUGAGGAAAGGCCUCAAGCGUUGAGGAGAUGAAGUCUCUUUUCUUCUUUCUUAUGCGUCGUCAGUUUGAUUGCAUAUGUGGCCAACUGCUCAUUGCCGUCCACCAAUGGCUAGACCGAGGAGGAGAGCGCUCGUGGUUCGUAGGAUUUUAUUUUCGGAGUCUGUUAUUAGUAUGCUGCGCUCUUCUGUACAGACCGCGGCGGACAACCUUGCAUCAGAGUCUACUGGUGCGCGGUUUUGUCAUUCGAGGGAUUGACGACUCUCUGUGGCUGUUUCAGAGUUCGACUGUAAUAUCAGGAAUGAUGGUUGCAAAGUGAAAGGGGGAAACAAAAGAGGGAUUGAUGGUUCCAGACGGUCCCGUCUGUGUUUGUUAGUUCGGACUCCGGAGAACGAACUUUGUGGUACGUCUUGCAAUCUUCUGACAACUGGCUGCUCGGCGCACCCACUCCAGUGAAUCAAUCUCUUUCCAGCCAGCUGCGUGCUCCUUUGUACUUGAAGAACUUGAUGGAUUAUUCGUAGGAGCAGUUCCACUUGUUUCUCUAUUGACUCUCUCGGCGGCCUGCGUCAGCAACAUGUCACCAUUGGCAGCCUGCUUCAGAAAUUUCUCAGCGUUGGCAGUCUGUGUCAUUUUAUCAGCAAUGUCUGUGUGUCAUUUGUCGCGUGUGUUCCAUUGUUUGCUGCCCAGAUUGAUGUUUGCCGUCGCGCCUUGUCUUGUGAUCUGCCCAAUAAAUAAGCCUUCUUGGC